AUGAAUUACAAAACCAAAGUUUAUUUAAUCAAACUUUUUCUUAUGACAGGCAAGCUCAAAAUAACAAACUUAGUGAAAUAGAAGCCUAAUUAAUUAAAGGUUUUAUAGGUAUAUAAAAAUUAAGGUAAAUAACUAAUGGAUUUGAAUAAGUUUGAUGAAGCCAUCUAGAUUUAUAUUAAUAUUUUAGAAUUAGAUUCUAAGAAUAUUGCUGCUUUAUUUGGUUAUGGUAAAAAAUUAUUCUAUAUAAGGUGAUACCCUAGUAAAGCUUUAAUAAUUUUAAUUGGCUUUAGAACAAUAUAGAAAAAUAAAAAAAUUUGAGAAAGAUUUAAUAGUUGCCUUUUUAAAAAUAGGUAACUCAGCUAAAAUAAUUAUUAGGGUUGACUUUAGGAUAAAUGGGAAAUAUUAAGUAGGCUUUGAAAUAUUUUAUCAAAACUUAAAAUGAAAUUAUGGAAGACCAUAAAUUAGAAUGGACAAGAAGUAAAUUAGUUAGAUUAUUAUUUUAAGAUAAGGAAAUAGAAAUUAAGGAAUUAUUGAAACAAGCUCUUCAAUAUUUUAGUAAUCAAAAUUUAACUAAUGAGGAGUUAUUAGUUUAUGGUACAAAUAUAUUAAUAAUUUCUUCAGCAUUUAUUUUAAUUCGUUUAAAUCAUUGUGAUGAAGCUUUACAAAUUUUGAAUCAAAUAAAGGAUUCUAAUCUAAAUAAUGAUCUAUUACUUUGUUUAGAAGCAGAUAUUUUAUUUGUCAAUUUGAAAUUUGAUGAAGCUGAAUAGACACUUAAAAGGACUAUAAAAAUAAAUCCAAAUAGAAUUUAUACUUGGAUUAAAUUAAGUAAAUUAAAUUAUUAUCAUUAUUAUAGCAAUUAUUUUAAUAAUUCAAGGCAAAUACUAAGAAGCUCUAUCUCAACUAGAUAAUAUCAUAUUAAAAGCAUACCCUAAAAAUCUCGAUUCUAUAUGUUAUAGAAGUAAAAAAUAAGAAUUAUUUAAAUAGGUGAUAUCUUAAGAUUGUUAAACAAAACUUAAGAAGCAAUUGUAGGAUACAAUUAAUGUAUAUCAUACAACGAAAAAUAUUUAGAGGCUUAUCAAAAAAAGGGUAAUUGGUUGCAAUUAUUUUUAAGCUAAUACAUUAAGAAAUUUAGGGUACUAUUUGGAAGCCUUGGAGAUUUAUGAUUUACUCCUUUAGGAUGAUCCUAAAAAUUAUGAGAUGUUAUUUGAAAAAGGUAUAUGUGAACAUUUUCAUUAGGUUGUACAAUGUUUGAUUUGAAAGAAUAUCACACAGCUAAUUAAUUAUUUGAUUAAGUCUUGGAGUUAUCAUCAAAUAAUGUAGAUGCAUUAGUUAAAAAAGGUGAUAUAUAAAAUAUAUUAUUAGGGGAUAUAUUAUUAGUACUUGGUUUAUUUUAGGAUUCUCUAGAAAUCUAUGAAAAGGUUCUUUCAAUAAAAUCAAAUCACUUUUUUGCUCUUUGGGGAAAAAGUAAUCAUAAAUUUAUAUUUUAGGUGAGUCUUUAAGAGGUUUAAGGAAAUUUAGUGAAUCUUUGAUUUGGUAUGAUAAAGUACUGGAAUAGAGAUAAAUAUAUCCAUAUGCCUACCAUUAUAAAGGUAAUUAAAUAUAUAUAUAUUAUAAGGAUAUGCUUUAUAAUAAUUAGAUAGACAUGAGGAGGCAAUCAAUAAUUUUUUUAUGGCCCUAUCAAUAAUACCAGGAUUUAAAUUAUCUGAAGAAGCUUUACAAAUUUCAAAAUAGAAGCUAAAAGUACAAAAAUGA